GUUGUUUACGCCUCUGGACGCACGUGUGCAUUCGUCUAUCGCCUGCGCUUGCUGCACCCGAACGCGUAUGUUCAGUUCAUCCUUCCUCUAUAAAACCCAACAAUUCUCGCCGUCAAGUUCAAAAUUUUCGAAUCCAAGUUUUUCGAAAUGUGCGACGCGUAAAACGCAUCAAAAACGCUCCGAAUUGACCGGUUCCGUGAUCUGUGUCGAUGCGAAAGGUCGUGAGUGACCUUUGACUAGCCAGCUUUCAAGUCGCGUUUCCGCAUUCUUUGAAACAUAGUUCGGACUUUGUUUUGCCGGUGCGUUUUAUGGCAGAAAUGUACUGUUGUCGACUCUGACAUUCCGAGUGGUGCUUUUGGUUGUAAAUUAAACUAAGAAACUAAAUUCUUUUCACGUUGUCGUACGCUGUAUUAUGGACCUAAUGUACGCAAGCGAGGCCUUGUCUUUCGGCUCCUUAAGGUACCAGACACCUUAUGGCAGCGGAGUACCUUUGCGAGAAUAUGCUGCAAAAAAGUACUAUCACCAGGUACCUCAAAAGAAGAUAACUAACCCCGAAAAAGACUGUGAAAUUUGCCGUGAAAAGAAACGGCGCUCUUUGCUGGAAUACCGGCGAACCAAAUCACGAGAAUGUGACUCAUCUAUCCGCGAGGAUGAGGAAGAGACAUGCUCGAGUCAAGGAGCCAAAACAACCUGCCACAAGAAGUGAUUCAACAGUAUUUAUUUAAGAUAGAUUUAAGUUUUAAAUCACACGGUUUUAACUUCCGAUGAUUGUGUGAAGUAUUAUUUAUUUUUUACUUAAACUUGCCAAAAUUAUUUUAAUGCAGAGGUAAGCAUGAUUAUGCGUAAUGUUCAAAAUACUUCCUAUUAUGGAAUUUCCUUUCCUUUAAAGUUAACAAGAGCCUCAUGAAACAGAAAAAAAAAUUGCGAGAUGAAAUUCUCUCCUCCAUUACAAUAGAAUCUCUCAAAGUUUGUUAGAGAAAAUAAAAAUGAAAGUUUAGUCUACUACUAUCAAUCUACUUUUGUCAAACAGAAGUAGAUUAGAUUCAAAACAAUGUUCAAACUUUGUGAUCUCUUCUUACAAUCUCUUUGAAAUGCUAGUAAAACUUAAAACAACUAUCAGGUCAUCAUCUAACAAAAAUGCACUCUUUGAAAUGGGUUACUUUCUGUGCAUUUUUGAGAAAUAGUGAGAGAAAGUUGCCUCAGAUUGAUAUUUUUUAUCUGGUAGGUAUUUCUAAAUCCCCAUUUAAGUAAAUGUAAAGAGCAACUUCUAUCUAACAUUUCCACUUAUCUGGAGUUUUUUUUAAAAUUAAUCACCCACUAAUGAUUAAUUUGAAGUUGUUUAAGUUGAAAAACUAGCAAAACCACUGGAGUUCAUCUGAUUCUAACCAAUUUGUUAAAAGCAGUUACUUUUUUUUACGAUUCUCACUGAAAUUUUUUCACAGAAAUUAUAUUUAGAGCUUACGCUCCUGGGUCGUUAGUUUUAAGUGACUAUUAGGUUAAGAAAUUUUUCGAAAACCUGACUAUUUUAUAAAACAGUAUUAUCUAUUUGUAUUCUACUUUUGAUAAUGACAAAUUUAAGCGGAAAAUCCACUGUAAACUUGAGGAAUUUUUAUUAUCAUUAGACUUCAUCACAUCCAAUCACUCUUGUAUGAGGUGAAUUCUGAAGAGUGAAUUGGGAAUUAAUUACGUAACCUAAAAUGAUUACAAAAAUUGAGAGGGAAAGUGGGCAUUGGUUACUUAAACCAAAAAUCAAUAGUUAAAACAAGACAAAAUGGUUGGAUCUGAGACAAACAUCAAGAGGUUACCUUUAAAACGAAGAGAACCAUCAAACUGAAACAUUUUUGAGGCUGGUUAGUGAGUCCUUCUUUUUGUAAAUUAAACCUAAGAAAUUUCUAAAACCAAUAUUCUUUUGGAAGCCUUAUGGGUGAAUUUUUUUGGAAAUUUGUAAUACCUCAGAAUAACAUUCCUGCUAUUUAACGUGCUUUCUAAAAUGAAGCAACAAGUUUUACAUGUUUAUAUUCAGUCAUCAUUCACCUAUAGAGAUCACUCCUUGAAAUGACAAUGACCUCUAGUACAUAGAAUACACUGUAAAUACCCUUUGUUCUUUCAAAAUGCGCAACAUUGGAGAGGUUACUGCUGGUAUUUUACCAGUGUCAAGAUUUAAACUUAUUCUAUGGCUCAGUCACCUCCGUUCCCUAAGAGCAUAUCAACUACUAGAAAUGUUUUUACUUCAUGAUGUUCAUUCUUGAAGUAUAGUCCAAUACAUAAUCAAGAUGGACAAAAUAAAAUUAAAUAUUACGAAGAUGACUGCAGCAAUUGAUUCAGCAUCAAAGUUCACAAUAAUUGAUGUUUUCAAAAUAGAUUGGAUGCUCGUUAAUUUUUACAUGAGUAAUGUGACCAAUUUAAAAUUUAUUUCAUAAGGUCAUUCAUUACUUUGCUCCAGUAUUUUUGUAUUAUUGCUUGGUUAAACAUAAAAUGACCUUAAAUUUCCUUGAUUUUUGCUCACUUCACAAUUUUGUUUUAUUUAGACAGUGAUAAAUGAACAAUAUAAAAGUACCUUAACUAAAGUUUUUUCCUUUUUUCUCUAAGUAUCUAUCAUCAAUCAAUGUUUGAUAAAUCGAUUGUCAACCCCAGGGAAUGAGUUUCAGGAUAAUUUUGAAUUGUUCAAAAGUUGCUGAUUUUUGCCAAAAUUAAUUUUGUAUUAAGUAAAUGGUUUAGUCACUCAAAAUAUCAGAAUUUGUGCAAAGAUUAUUCGUAACCUCUCCAACGAUAUGGUAUGUAUUAUGGUUGAACGCUGUGACAUUUAACCAGUAAAGACAGUUAGUGUAAACUUAAGAGAUCCAGAUAAGAUCUUGGAAGCAUUGCAAGAACAUUUAAUUAGAACCAUGAAAUAUUUUGGAGACUUUGUUUGAACUUACACAAAUUUCUGUGCAAAUUUAGUGGAAGUAAUUUAUGUAAGCACAAGGAAAGUUUUCCGAUACCUCAGAAAAUUCCAGUAAAAGACCUUAGGUAUUAAGUUGUAUUUAUUUGAGCAUAAAUACUUAUAAGAUUCUUUCAUUUUAACUUUGGUUAGGGAAUUAAUAUGGAACUAUGAUAUUCAUAGAUAAGAGAAUUUCAAAAAUGUCAUUUGUAAAUACUACAAUUUGUAUGCACCGGCGAGCAAAUAAUUAAAUAAUUAAUUUUGUACUUAAAA